AUGGAAAAGCUGGUGAGGGAGGAAUCAAGGAAUAGGACAGCAGUCCAGGAAUUCAUCCUGGAGGGCUUUCCUGCUGUCCAGCACCUGGGGAGCGUCCUAUUGCUGGUGCACCUGCUUGCGUACUUGGCCUCCAUCACGGGAAGCACACUCAUAAUCACCAUCACUUGGGUUGACCAUCGCCUGCACACUCCUAUGUACUUUUUGCUCACCAGUUUCUCUUUUUUGGAAUGCUGUUUUAUAUCAACUGUCAUUCCUAAAUUGCUGUUUAUCUUUCUGUCAGGAAGGCAAAAAAUAUCCUUUGCUGCCUGCUUCACACAAAGCUUUGUUUUUCUUUUCCUGGGGGCAACAAUUUUUUUCCUUAUGGCUGUGUUAUCCCUGGAUCGGUACCUGGCCAUUUGCAAACCUCUGCACUACCCCACCAUCAUGAACCUGAGAGUGUGUUUCCUCCUGGUCACUGUCUGCUCAGUUUUGGGAUUCUUCUUCAUGGUGAUUCCAGUUAUAAUGCUUUCCCAGUUAUCAUUUUGUGGCCCCCAUGUCAUCCCUCACUUCUUCUGUGAUAUUGGUGCUCUGAUCCAUCUCUCUUGUUCUGACACCAGAUCUACUGAAAUGAUGGCCUUUGGUUUCACUUCACUUAUCAUUUUGUCAUCUCUCAUCAUCACCAUCAUUGCAUACAGCAAUAUAGCAGUCACUAUCACGCGUCUCCCAUCAGCCAAGGAGCGGCAGAAAGCUUUUUCCACCUGCUCGUCUCACCUCAUCGUCCUCUCUCUGAUGUAUGGCAGCUGUGUCUUUAUAUAUGUGAAACCAAGGCAAAGGAGCAGGCUGGACUCCAACAGAGAGGCCACGCUUGUGAACACGGUGGUGACGCCCCUGCUGAACCCUGUCAUCUACACCCUGCGCAACAAGCAGGUGCACCAGGCUCUGAGGGAGGCUCUGUCCAGGCUGAAGUUGCAGAAAUAG